AACUCAGUAUAAUCCUCCACAACACAUUCACCAUGAUGGAGCAACGACGACUCGCUCCAUACACUUCAAGUCCGCCCUACCAAGGGAUGAUGGAGAUGUCUCUGUCUCAUGAGUCACACCACUGCGACGCUCACACUUCGGCAACACCCGAGUCUUGCCAAGGAUCGUUCGAUGAGCACACAAACUUCCACAGCAUUCCCCACGGAUACGCCGAAUUGCCAGCCUCAAGAGAGCCAGAGCAUUCGUUCGAGCCUUGGCUGAUGGAGAUCCACCCUUCCGCCAGCCCAGUCUCCACAGUCCACUCUUCCAUGAGCCUUCCAGAGGCCACAUCAACACCAUACGCCGAUACUCCGCUUCCACUGUAUCAUUUGCUCGAACAGCCGCUGCCACACCGUCCCAACAGCUCUACAAGCCAUCCGACCUGGAUGAGCAGUACAGAGGCAGCUUGGCAAUGCUACUAUGCCGAAAGCGAUGUCUGGACCACCCAGCAGCUUCCUUCUCCAGCUUGGAGCGGUGACAGCUAUGGUCUGCCCCUGCCAUCUAUGUGCAACUAUUUCCCCCCUAUCAACGACGCCAGCCUCACAGCGUUUUCAAAUCCCGUGCAUGGCCAGCCUUACGUCGAGAGUGAAGCCUUCCACAUACCACUACCACCAACGUUUGAGGAUGCAGAGAGUCCAGAUGUAAGCACUGACACGAGUGACUCGGAGAGUGAUGUCUCAGAGUAUGAAGAUGGCGCGGCCAUCGACGGCCGACGCAAAGACUCUGCCUCCUCAAAGCAGAGGAGCUCCAGACCAAGAUCGCCUCUAGUCAAGGUUGUCAAGUGGGACGUGCAUGUCGACACCUACAACCAGCCCGAGGUGCGGCACUAUAUCUGCCCCUUUUCGAAGGACGCAGACAUCAACGGCCGGAAAUGCGAGCAGAAGUUUGUGCGACCUGAGCAUCUCCGCAGACACGUCAAGACAGUGCAUGGAAACCAGAAGGACUACUUCUGCAAGGUCCCCAACUGCACGCGAGCCUUCUCCCGCGGCGACAACCUGCGAGACCACUACUGGACGCACUUGGCUCGGGGUGGCCGUGCCGGAAAGAACGACAAGAUGACGCUGCCUGAACUCAAGGCGAUCUUGGGGCCCAAGGAGAAGAAACUGAUUCGGAGGCUAAAGCACCGCCUUCACGUACAAAAGCUGAAGCAGUGGCCCCCCAAGUCCAAGCUUUGAGGAUGGCGUGAGGCGAGGCACUUUGAAUAAUUUCGGUUUUGUUAUGGGAUACACGGCGUUGAAGCGGUAUGGCCUAUUUGUGUAUGAACUGUAUGAUGAUUGUGUAUUUUCUAUUC